AUGGCCGACCCGCAGAAGCAGAUGCAGGCACUCUCGAACGAGUACGAGGCGCUUCAGACUGAACUCGAUGGCCUCGUCGACGCGCGCCAAAAGCUCGAAUCUCAGCAACAGGAGAACAAGAGCGUGCAGGCGGAAUUCAAUUCCCUCGAUGACGAUGCCAAUAUCUAUAAACAGAUCGGACCAGUGCUGCUGAAACAAGAUAAGACUGAGGCAUUGAUGGCAGUCACGGGGCGUCUUGAAUUCAUUGAGAAAGAGAUCCAACGAAUCGAGGGUCAGAUCAAAGAUAACCAAGAAAAGAGCGAUAAGAAGCGGACCGAGAUUGUACAGUUCCAGAGCCAGAUCCAGCAGCAGCAGGCGGCAGCGGCUUCUGCAUGA